AUGGUCAUGGUCAAUGUAGUAAACGUGAAAAACAGGUCAUUUAACACAUCCGAUAGUAUCGUCAAAAAUUGUAUUGCAGAAAAAACUUGCGGAUUGUCAUUGAACUGGACAGUACAAAGUACUUUAUAUUUCAAUACAGCUUUCUUUUUUGGUGAAUUGUUUACGCAGAUUCCUGGGGGAUUAUUAGCUACCAUGUUUUCACCUAACAGUCAGUAUGCCUUAGUAAUGGUUAUCAGAGUCUUACAGGGACUGGUUGAGGGACCAGCUUAUUCUUCAAUAAAUGGUGUGAUUUCUGCAUGGUCACUUAAAUCUGAAAAAUCUAGAAUGGUAACGCUUACAUAUGCAGGUUCAUCAUUAAGUUCAGCAGUAGCCUUUAUCGUAUCUGGUGCACUGUCAUGUCGUGUUUGCUGGAACGCACCACUUUAUUUUUAUGGCUGUUUAGGAAUAGUAUGGUCCACUUUAUUUAUGUGCACUGUCAAGGACUCUCCAUCCAACAAUAAACAUUUGUCCACAGCGGAACGAUUGUUGUUUGAUUCAGAACGUUGUUACACAAAGAAACCUUCGUCUCAGACGGUCAAAAGUAUUCCCUGGAAAAAUAUUUUAACAUCGGUUCCUGUGUCUGCUAUUUUUGUUGCAUGUUUUACAAGAAAUUGGAUGAUAUCCCUUGUCAGGACUGUUGUUCCUCAAUACAUGGAAGAUUUGUUUGAUCUCAGCAUUUUUGAAAUAGGAUUACUGUCUUCCCUAUCAGCUAUAUGUAUGGCAUUAGUUACUGUUACUGGAGGAGUAAUGAUAGAUAAACUCAUAAAAUCUGACUGUGUUAGUACUACUGUAGGGCGCAAAAUAGCCCAGUGUUCUGGUUAUGGUAUUGAAGGAAUAUGCAUAUUCUGUCUAGGUUAUAUACAGGAUAUUGAUGCGGCCAUGGUUAUGCUAUGUGUUGGAGUUGGUGCUAGUGGGUUAGCAGUUUCAGUUUUUAAGGACACCUAUCAUCCGCCUAUCAUCGUCAGCAUUGUGACCGGAAUAACCAGAAUGGGUAUAACUGGAGCUACAAUAAGUACAUUAUUGGUAUCCCUUCUACGUAGUAGAACACAGGUUUCAUUGAUCACUACCUGGAGAGAAGUUUUUAUGGUGGCUGGUUGUUUACAUAUCGCUGGUGUGAUAUAUUACGGUAUUUUUGCAUCAGGCGAAAGACAGCCGUGGGGCGACGGUGUUCCAGAAAGUAACAUUUUGGAUGUGAUUAACCAGCCGUCAGACACAGACUAUAAAAAGUUCAAAAACGACAGCGAGAAUGACAAUUUUGUUCAUAAACUAGCAAGUUAUGAGUCUACUUAGCGACGCUGAAUGUCGUUGUGAAGUAAAACAACACCUUAUAAUAGGAAUAUUGUGAGCACAUUAGUAAGAUAAGAUCAUGGAUGUAUUUAGGUAAAAUCAACACAUACAGUCAAUAACUCAUGUGAUGUGUUGAUGUUGUGUUUCUUUAAAGAACUAAUUAAAACAAAAUUUCCUUUUGAUUCGAAUUGAUGUCAGUACAUGUACAUCAACGAACAAGCUUCGAACAACUUGUAUAUCAAUUGUUUAAGUAAAUAUAGUUUCUCUUCUACAGAGAGUUUGUCUUGGCGACAUUAAGCGCUGUAAU